GUGCCUGGAACGCACACGCAUCCGUGCACGCGCCCGUCGCUACGUGUACGUUCGAGGGGGAGGGGCGCGUAAACAGAGAAUUCCGAAAAGGAAGGGAGUGUUUCUUUCAAUUGAUACUGCAAAUUCAUCAAGGUUCGAAACAUGCCCAUUCGCCGAGCAGCAGCAGCAGCCCCGCCUAAAGAAGAGGCACCCGAAGCGAAUGCCCCUGAGGAAGAUGCUGCUGCCGAAGAUUCUGCCCCUGUAGAGAAGGAGAAAGAUAAAGAGCCAGUGCCUGCAUCAAAUGAGGUGGAGGGGGAUGGAGAUGAUCAGGCCAAAAAAGAUGGAGAGACAGCUGAUGAGGGGGAGAAAUCCGAGGAAGCAGGAACUGAACAAGGGAAGAGCAAGAAGAAAACGGUCAAGGAUGUUGCGAAAAUUGAAAAGGAUGGAGAUGACAAAGGCAAAAAAGCAAAAAAAAAGAAGAUUCCUGUCUGGGCGGCUAUCUCUAGCAAGAGAUUUGCCGCAACUUCGCUUUCCCAUCCCAAAGUUGAAGAAAUCAUCAUAGAAGCCAUUGAGAGUUGCAAAGAACGGGGUGGUGUUUCUGCUGUCACCAUGAUCAAAUAUGUGAAAAAGAAGUAUCCAUCUGUGGAAAUGGACAAAAAGACCAAAAAUCAGUAUAAGAAGGCCCUGAAGCGUAUGAUCGAGAAGGGAGCUGUCAAACAGCUGAAAGGCAAAGGCUUCUCUGGAAGUUUCGCCAUUGGAAAGAAGUCAGCUGUGACUGCAGGGACGAAGGAGACACUGGGAGAUGCUCUGCCUCUGAUCAUCACUCGACUCUGUGAACCCAAGGAGGCCUCGUACAUUCUCAUCAAGAAAUACCUGGAGCAACACUUCCCUCAACUCAAUGUGGAGAACAGACCUGACAUGUUGAAGAACUGCCUGCAAAGAUCAGUGGAAAAGGGCUACCUGGAGCAGAUCACCGGCAAAGGAGCAUCUGGAACCUUCCAGCUGAAGAAAGCUGGAAAAGAGGUCCUCAUGGGCGGCGGACUGCUGGAAGAUGCUAUAGUGGCCGCCAUCACGGCAAUGAACGAACCCAAGACUUGCAGCAUCACCACACUGCGCAAGUUCCUGAUGGAGGAACAGAAGGAGCGGAAUGUCUAUUUAAUCGUGAACAACAUGAAGAGGACCUUGCAGAAGUGUAAAAUGAUGGGAUGGAUGGAGCAGAUUUCUGGUCAUGGACUCAGUGGCUCUUACCAGCUUAGCUACCCAUAUUACCCAAGCCCAGCGGUUCUAUUUCCAGAGAUGAUGGAAAAACUGAAACAGAAGGAGGAACAGAAGCUCAGACGCAAGAGGAGUAGUGACGAGUCAUCUGAUGAAGAAUCUGAAGAAGAGUCGGAGGAAGAAUCUGAAGAGGAAGAAUCAGACGAUGAGCCUCCCCGAAAAAAGAGGAACCAGCGCUCCGCUCCUAGAGCUCGUCAAAAUGAAAAGGCCACAACCAACAGCAGAAAAUCCACUGUGGCAAAGAGAUCCAUUGCACCAGCCAAGAAACCCGCUCGAUCAGCCAAGAAACCUGCUCGAUCAGCCAAGAAACCCGCUCGAUCAGCUAAGAAACCCGCUCGAUCAGCCAAGAAACCUGCUCAAUCAGCCAAGAAACCCACUCAAUCAGCCAAGAAACCUGUGGUUGCUGUGAAAAAAGCACCUGAACCUAAAGCCACACCAGUCAAGAAAGCUGCCCCAACCAGCAAACCUAAAACACCUAUAGCCAAAAAGAUGACGAGCAGGGGAAACAAACGGCCGGCACCUAAGGCAGCAAAGAAGGAGGAAUCUGCUGUGAAGACUAAACCUGGUGCCCGCACGUCACUCCGAGCACGGAAAUGAGUCCACACUUACUUAAAAGAUCAACUGUAGCUCUCUAGACUGCAGUACUGGCUAUUUUCUCCUAUUUUGUUUUUUUGUUUUAGAAGCUUCCUCGUUCUCCUAGUCUUGGGUCUUUGAUGAAGAUUUAUUGACCUCUUCAAAGUUACUCUGCUGUUUUCCUACCACAGGCAUUUUCUGUUCAAUAUUCUUAAAUUACAGGUAAAGGUGUAGAGUGUAGAUGCUGUUUGUGUUGUUUAAGAUGCUCAUUCAGGUCACCAUUAUGAGGAGUGGUCACGUUGUCUCAGUUGUGCACCAAUGAAAAAAAAUACUUCUUGUCAGGCUUUCUAGAGAAGCAAGCAUUUCAGUUGUUCGGUCAAACCCUUUCUUCAACAUUCAAGUCUAAUCAGUGUUCAAGAAAAUUCAAUUUGUACGUUUUUGCAUUUUUUGAUCAUGUUUUGUGAAAUUAGGUCUUUAGCUACUGUUGUUUUCUAAAAGAGUUUUGUUGCUGUUGGUUCCUUUGUGUAAGUCAAUUGAAAAAAAAAAUAUUGAUUCCUAACUUUCGAAAAAUUCAUUUCAAAUUUGAUGAUUUUAGAAUCAUUAAACUUUGGCAUCCAUAUCCAGGACUGUCAUUUUGUUCUAUUUAGACAAUGAAGGAGAAUGUAAGAUGUUCCGAGCAAAUGUUUUAAAACAUUUACAGCACUAUUAACCUGGUCAUACUCUUGUGUGUUAGUAUAUCAGGGGAGUUAGAUGUAAUUUUAUGAGCGCUGCUCACCUUACCCUGCAUGCAUGUAACUGAUAUACUUUUCUGUAGUCCUUAAUAAAGUGACUAUAUUUGUAUUUCAUUUUUUGACUGUUCUUUUGUUUUGGUGGUUUGGUUUGCUUUCAACCAGGGUUAAAGGCUUAGUUCACCCCAAAAUGAAAAUUCUCUCAUUUACUAGCCCUCAAUCCAUCCCGAAUGUGUAUGACUUUCUUUCUUCUGCAGAACACAAAUUAAGAAUAUCUCAGCUCUUUAUGCCUCAGGCAGCCUUGACUCACUUGUGCUCUGCAGAAGAAAGUCCUACGGAUAUGGAGUUGUAUGUGGAUUCAAUUCUGCGCACGCAAAAUUAAAUUGAGCACAACAUUUUUUUCUUUGUGCGCAAGGUGAGAUUUUGAGCUCAAAAAAAGCAUUGUAUCUCCUUGCAAAGAUUAAUUCACUUUGAGCAAACAAAAGUCUAUUUUGUGCUUGAAU